UACGUAUUGCUUUGAAUUGAUUGAACUUUGGCGUCGAAUUAUUUUAAAAUUCAAAUGAAACUGUAAUCAAGGGUGGAUACAGUAUUACUUGUCAUUUGUUUUGUGAGAGACGUGGGUUUCAGUGAAAAAUCAGAAAAAUGAACUUCUCAGCCGAGUCUCCCCUUGAAAACAUCGACGUCACCAGAGAGAAGAUAUCGGCAUGGGCGGACAGUCAUGGGGCCAAGCAGGUGGACUUGUACGGGAAACCUUCAAAUAGCCACCUUCAGGAGCUGGAGAGAGUCAGAAACUUAAGCAAGGAGCUCCAGAAUAAUCUGAAUGACUUAGAAAAUUCCGUCUGCAUACCGGAAGAAGAAAAACAAGCAAUGAAUCCGUUAGCACCCAUAUUGGAUUAUUCAGAACACCAUGAGUUCGUCUCAGCCAACCAAUUGGACGAUUACUACGCGAAGGAGGACGAGGCUGACGCAAGAGAAGAAGAACAGAGGAGAUUGACUAAGGGUAAAGCAGCUAAGACUGCGAUACAACGAUUCUAUAAGGAUCAGUGUGUGUUUUUGACUGGUGGUACCGGGUUUUUGGGAAAAGUUUUAAUAGAGAAACUCCUACGGUCAUGUGGUGAUUUGGACACAAUUUACGUUCUUGUACGACCAAAGAAGGGUAAAGAUCCACACUCCAGAUUGCACGAUAUGUUGGAUGAUUUCGUUUUCCACCGAGCUCACGAGGAGAACCCAAAGGGCAUUCACAAAGUGGUUCCCGUCGUUGGUGAUAUGGAGGAACCCGGGCUAGGUUUGAGCAAUGAGGACAGGAAAAUGAUUACAUCACGGGUAACAAUAAUAAUAAACUCGGCGGCCACAGUAAAGUUCGACGAGAAGCUUUCAGUCGCGACGGGAAUCAAUGUAAGAGGGACCAAGUCGGUGCUACAAUUGGCUAAAGAAUGCAAGCAUUUGAAGGCACUCACCCAUGUGUCUACAGCUUUUUCACAGACACACGUGAAGCACAUUGAAGAAAAAUUCUACGAGCCACCAAUGUCCGUGGAAGCUUUGGAAGCGGUCGCGCAGUUAGAUGACUCUGUCGUUGAUCCAAUAUUGCCUACACUCCUUGGAAACCGGCCAAACACAUACUGCUUCACGAAAGCCGUCGCUGAAGAGGCCGUCCGAAAAUAUGGAGAGGGUAUGCCUGUUGCCAUACUCAGACCAUCUAUUGUGAUCUCGACAUAUGAGGAGCCAGUACGAGGGUGGACGGACAGUGUGUACGGACCAACGGGACUAGUUGUCGGUAUAGGAACUGGGGUUCUACGUACAAUGUACAUGGAUUUGGACAAAUUGGCGGACAUGGUGCCGGUGGAUUUGACGGUGAACGCUAUCAUAGCCUCCACCUACCACACUGCUAAUAACUUUAAAGAGAAUCAAACAUCAGACAUACCAAUCUACAAUUUCGUAUCUGGUGCUCAGGCGCCCGUGACCUGGGGAGAGUUUAUUGAAGCAAAUAUACGACACGGAAUAAGUAAACCCACCACUAAGGCUGUAUGGUAUUAUGGACUUAAUCCGACGAAAAGUUACUACAUGUUUUUGUUCUACAAUUUCUUUUUACACUACUUACCUGCUUUGCUUAUCGACUCAUACUGCGCACUCACAGGCCGGAAACGGAACAUGCUGAAGUUCUACUCGAAGGUGAUAAAACUGGCACAUAUCCUCUUCUACUUUUCGACACAAGACUGGCGAUUCAGUGAUGAUAAUGUGAGGGAAAUGUGGCGCUCUCUGCCGUCUUCCGAUAAAACUGUGUUUCCUUUCAAUAUGGCUGAUAUGUCCUGGGAUUACAUGACUGAGACAUUUUUACUGGGACUUCGAGUGUAUCUAGUAAACGACGACCUUUCAACUCUACCGGAAGCGAGAAAAAAAUGGAACAGAUUGUACUACAUGCAUCAAUGUUUGAAGGUGAUAACUGUUUGCGUCGUAUUGUACAUCGCGUAUUGUUUAUUUAAUUUAAUUAGUUGGCUGGUAAUGGGAUGAAUGUAUAAAUACCGACUUCAAAAUAUGGGUUUCCCAGAUUGUUUAGAUUCAUUUUGAUUUAUAACAGUUUAUUAAAUAUGUAUAGAAUAAUAAUAAUAAUGUAGAAUAUCCUAUUAAUAAAUUAUUUUCGUAAGACACAUUCUUUGAUGUAUAUAUUAUAUAGUGGGACCAAGGACAGUCCUGAAUUUUUUCAAGCAGAAAAAAAUUCUAAACAUCUCUAUUGUUGCAUUCCGGAACAGCGUUAAAUUUUUCAAAUAAAAUGUAUUAUUAUAGACUUACCAGAGCUUGUGAAUAAUAAAAAUCCGUCCAUUACAUUGACGCUUUUUUGAAGUUGGUUUAAGAGUAAUGUCGUAGAUUAUAUGUAAUGUAUAUAAAUGGUUUUAGAUGCUUAUAAGUUUUUGAGAUUUUUAUAUAACCUUUGGUGUAGGUUUCUUUAGGUAUACCUACUAGCUUUACGAUUACAGGAAUAUUUUAAUUGCUUCUUGAAAUCAUAUAAGCCAAUCAACAAGGCUGCUAUGUAAAUCGGGAUACUUGAAAAUUGUUGCAAAGUUAAAAUGUAAGCACAUAGUUUAAAGGCCGCCUAUGUACCCACUAACAUCGGUGUCGAUGGACAGUCGCAGUUGCCUUUGGCCUAUCCGUAGGCUUGUUUGGUUCUAUUACAUAAAAACAAUUGCUUAUCUCAGGAACGCAUGUUUUUGAAGGAUUUAAUAAAUUUAGACAUUAAUUGUAGAAAAAAUGUGAUAUGUUGAAAUAUUAGUUUUAAAAUGUUUUUUUUUAUUAUGUAUUAUUAAUAAGUCCAAAAGAAUCCAAAUAAUUCAUUCUUUGUAUAACUCUUUUGUAACUCUUCAGACUAAUGGUGAAAUUAUAAUAAUAAUUUAAUAUUUAGAGUUUACCCUCAUCACAGUUAUUUAUUACAACAAAAAUUGAAUUAUAUAUUAUUUUAACCUCAAAGAUAACAAUAUCGCUUCUAUGAGAUUACAUUUAAACAAUAAAAAGUAUAUUUAUAUUUAUGUGUUAUUCGUCUAUCUUAAGUAGUAAGAAAUUAAAAUUCUACAAAACUGUGGGUAGUUGAAGAAAAGUUAAGUUGCCAAAUAGCAUUUAUUUUGAUAAAUUUACAACAAUUAUUAAAAUUUAUUUAGGCCUAUUAUUUAUUGGUACACACAUAAUAGUUUGUUUCCGGAUUUAAUAUUCAAAAAACGAGUCGUUACAGAUCUGUUUAUGUAUAAAGUAACUUGACGUAUAUCAGAGAGAGAAGUAGAAAAAUCUUAAAAUACUCCUGAUUACACUGGCCGAAUUAUUGGCCGGAAUUAUACACAUUUAAUUUUUCUGUGUACGAUAUUAGAAAAUAAACAUCGAGACAUUUAAAAUACUUUUUUUGAGCAAUUAUCUCUAUGAGAUAAAUACAUGAAACAUACAUAGAAAACUUAUUAUAACUUGACACUAACAAUGGACUGAGAAAAUCGAUCACUAUGCGAGAAAGGGAGAGCGAUAUAGCCAUUCUUUAUCUAUAGUCUUAACUAGUAUAUGUUCCAUAUUUAAAAUUCUUCUAUACAUGAAAGGUGCAUAGAAUUUCUCAGUCUAUUAUCUAUGUCUGUUUUUGUAUUUUAAACUUAACCACAGAUAAGACGCAAAAUACGUUUCUUAACAGGUAACCCAAAACUUAUAUUAAACUUUGAUGAACUAUACAUUUUGUUAUUAAAUGAACAUGUAAAAAAUAACAAAACACACAUUAAAAAGGUUCUCACAAAACUAUCACAAACUUAGAUCUUUAAAACCUAAUUAAUAGUUUGAUUUCUUUCAUAAUAAAGCAGUAUUGUCCGCUCA